GGUGUCCCUGCCAUGGCAGGGGUGGAACAGGAUGGGCUUUAGGGUCCCUUCCCAGCCACACCGUUCUGGGGCUCUUUCUCCCUGCUACAGAGCAAAACCUGGGGACACCCCGAUACCUGGGGUGAUUUUAAACUUCAAGAAUCUUCUCUGGAAGGCAAGAGGAGUGUUGUGUUCGCUGUGCUCACUGUGUGUUUGUUUGCUCCUGCAGGAGAGGGGAGCGCUGGGCUUCGAGCGGCACUACCACGUCACCGACCCCUUCAUCCGCCGCCUGGGGCUGGAGGCUGAGCUGCAGGGUCACUCUGGGUGUGUCAACUGUCUGGAAUGGAAUGAGAAAGGAGACUUAUUGGCCUCUGGCUCUGAUGACCAGCAUACCAUUGUGUGGGACCCUCUGCACCACAAGAAACUCCUUUCUAUGCACACAGGACACACUGCAAACAUCUUUUCUGUCAAGUUCCUGCCGCACUCGGGGGAUCGGAUCCUCAUCACGGGAGCUGCGGAUUCCAAGGUGCACGUCCAUGACCUGACUGUCAAAGAGACUGUGCACAUGUUUGGAGAUCACACCAACAGAGUGAAGCGCAUUGCCACGGCUCCCAUGUGGCCAAACACCUUCUGGAGUGCAGCAGAGGAUGGGUUAAUCAGACAGUACGACCUGCGGGAGAACAGCAAACGCUCCGAGGUGCUGAUAGACCUGACCGAGUACUGUGGGCAGCUGGUGGAGGCCAAGUGCCUGACAGUGAACCCCCAGGACAACAAUUACCUGGCCGUGGGGGCCAGCGGGCCCUUCGUGCGGCUCUACGACAUCCGCAUGAUCCACAACCACAGGAAAAGCAUGAAGCAGAGCCCUUCAGCCGGGGUGCACACGUUCUGUGACCGCCAGAAACCCCUCCCGGAUGGGGCAGCACAGUACUACGUGGCAGGGCACCUCCCAGUGAAGCUCCCAGACUACAACAACCGCCUGAGGGUCCUGGUGGCCACCUACGUCACCUUCAGCCCCGAUGGCACCGAGCUCUUGGUCAACAUGGGAGGGGAGCAGGUCUAUUUGUUUGAUCUGACAUACAAACAGCGACCAUACACCUUUCUCCUCCCAAAGAAGUGCCACACUUCAGGGGAAGUGCAGAAUGGAAAGACCUCUACCAAUGGAGUGUCCAAUGGGAUCCAUCUCCACAGCAAUGGAUUCCGCCUGUCGGAGGGCAGGGCACACGUGAGCCCCCAAGUGGAGUUGCCUCCAUACCUGGAGAGGAUCAAGCAGCAAGCCAACGAGGCCUUUGCGUGCCAGCUGUGGACCCAGGCCAUCCAGCUGUACAGCAAGGCUGUGCAGAGAGCCCCCAACAAUGCCAUGCUCUAUGGCAACAGAGCUGCUGCCUACAUGAAGCGCAAGUGGGAUGGGGACCAUUAUGAUGCUCUGAGGGACUGCUUGAAGGCCAUAUCCCUAAAUCCGUGCCACCUGAAGGCCCAUUUCCGCCUGGCCCGCUGCCUCUUUGAACUCAAGUACGUGGCAGAAGCACUGGAGUGUCUGGAUGACUUUAAAGGGAAGUUUCCAGAACAAGCACACAGCAGUGCCUGCGAUGCCCUAGACAGGGACAUCAACGCUGCCCUGUUCUCCAAGAGUGAUAACGCUGAAGACAAGAAGGGUGGUGGCCCCAUCCGGCUGCGAGCCACGGGCCGCAAGGACUCCAUCUCCGAGGAUGAGAUGGUGCUGAGGGAGCGCAGCUACGACUACAAAUUCCGCUACUGUGGCCACUGUAACACCACCACGGACAUCAAAGAGGCCAAUUUCUUUGGCAGGUAUGCUGGCAGAGGGUGCAGGGCAGGAGUGAGCAGCAGCAGGAUGCUCUGUUCCGUGGGAUAAAACCUCACUUGUAGC